AUGGAUUUUAGAAGUGGAAGCUCGAAUGAUAGUGGUAGUGCUAGCAAUCCUAGUGGUAAUACUGGUUUUGAUGCAUCGAGACCAUCUAGUGGGAGUGGUUCAACAAUGGGAGGGCAUGCAAGGAGCAUUUUGAAUGCUGCUCGUGUGAUUCCACCCAAUGAUGAUGAAAAGAAGCCCUUGUGGAGGUAUGUUGAGCUGCUGGAAAAGACAGGGAAAGGUGAAGGAGGGAAUGCAAGGUUCAGAUGCAGGUUUUGUAACCAAGUUAUCCAUGGGAGUUACUCAAGAGUUAAAGCACAUCUCUUGAAAAUUGGAACAAUUGGUGUGGCUACAUGCAAAAAGGUGACAGUAGAUAUACUUGGGCAACUUCAAGAUGAAAUGACUAGAGCUGAAGCAAUCUCUGCAAGGAAUUUGCCUAAGGACAUCCCACUACCAACAGAGAGUGUGAGUAGGGGGAAGAGAAGGGCUGUUUCAGCUAUUGAGUCAAGCUUCAAUUUAGAUGCUCGUGCCAAGCUUGAUGCUUUGAUUGCGAGGAUGUUCUAUACAUCAGGUAUUCCUUUCAAUGUUGCAAGAAAUCCAUAUUUCAGGAAGGCUUUUCAGUUUGCUUGCAACAACCAACUUGGUGGUUAUACCCCUCCAAAUUUCAACAAAUUAAGAACAACACUUCUUGUUCAAGAGAGGACAAAUGUUGAGCGCUUGCUGAAUGCUCUCAAGUCAACAUGGUCUACUAAAGGUGUGAGUAUUGUAUCUGAUGGAUGGUCUGAUGCUCAAAGGCGACCAAUCUUGAAUUUUCUUGCAGUGACAGAAGAUGGACCAAUGUUUUUAAAAGCAAUCAAUACUGAAGGAGAAAUCAAGAGGAAGGAAUAUAUUGCUGAGAAAAUGUUUGCCAUCAUUGAAGAGGUUGGCCCAAAUAAUGUCGUGCAAGUUAUUACUGAUAAUGCAUCUAAUUGUAGGGCUGCUGGAUUGAUGGUUGAACAAAAGUACAGCCACAUUUUCUAG